AUGUCCUCACUCAGCAACUCCAGCCCAGGGAACUGGAUCACCGGCAGUUACACAGGCGACAGUAUUGGCGUUCGUAUCACGAUCGCAACAUUCGUCGGCGUCGCAUGGCCCCUAUUUUGGAGCAUGCUGAUAGCCAGCGUUGGCAUCCUGCCGUAUUCAGUCGGCUACCUGCUCAAAUUCUUCGGCGUGACGUCCGCAACUUGGGUGCCCGUCACGCUGUUAACAAUCGGCUGGUGGACGAUGGUAACCGGCCAAUCCUUCGUUCUGUAUUCGCGCCUCCACCUGGUGAUCCAGAACAUGCGCGUACUGCGCAUGGUGAGGGCCAUGAUUAUCAUGAACAUUUUCUUGCUGCACGUGCCCACAACCGUGCUCACGUACGCGGCCAACUUCUCCAGUUCUGCAGCCUCGGUUGCGGGGUACGAUAUCAUGGAGAAGCUGCAGCUGACGGGCUUCUGUGUGCAGGAGGUUAUCAUCUCUGGGUUGUACAUGUGGGAGACAAAUCGUAUGCUGCGCUUGAAUCAGGACCAUGUUAGUCGCAAGACUAUCUUGCAGCUGCUCGCUGUCAACGUCUCCUGUAUCCUGAUGGAUAUCGCGUUGAUGAUCAUCGAGUUUAGGGACUUCUAUAUCUACCAAACGACCCUCAAGGCCACCCUGUACAGCAUCAAACUGAAACUCGAAAUUGCGGUCCUCGGCAAGCUGGUCAAUAUCGCUCACCAGCAUAUGUGGAGACCGUCGUCUUUCAAUACUGCCGGCGGGCAGUAUCCGUCUUUCGUUGACCCGAACCAUGCCUUGCACGAUUUCAGCCAUGCAGACUCUCUGGGUGCAAGCUCGGCAUCCAAAGGCCGCGCGUCUGGAACCGAGGCCAUUGACAGCGACAUCCGAUGA